CUAGUUCUCGUGAAGGAUGCCGGGAGCCGCCUUAUAUGUAACAGUGCGUUAGCUGCUCGCUGCCAGUGUGAGAGUGCGCUCUAGCAGGGACUGUGACAGACAAUGGCGGAAGGGGACAACAGGAGUGCCAAUCAGCUGGCUGCGGAGACCGCCAGCCUUGAAGAGCAUUUUCAAGGAUGGGGUGAAGUGAUUCUGGUGACCGAUCGUGUUCUUCGUUGGGAGAAGCCAUGGUUCCCAGCAGCUAUAAUGGGAGCUGUUUCUUUUCUAUUUCUGAUGAUCUAUUACUUGGAUCCGUCUGUCCUCUCUGGUAUAUCCUGCUUUGUCAUGUGCCUGUGUUUGGCUGAUUAUCUUGUUCCAACACUUGCUCCCAGGAUUUUUGGCUCAAACAAAUGGACCACUGAGCAGCAACAAAGGUUCCAUGAGAUUUGCAGCAACCUUGUAAAAACACGAAGGCGAAUUGUUGGUUGGUGGAAACGUUUGUUUGUCCUGAAGGAGGAAAAACCCAAAAUGUACUUUAUGUCAAUGAUAAGUGCUCUUGCUGUGGUUGCAUGGAUUGGACAGCAAGUUCAUAACCUAUUGCUCACAUAUCUUAUUGUGAGCUUUCUGCUUAUGCUUCCUGGCCUCAACAAACAUGGCAUUAUCACAAAGUACGUUGGAAUGGGGAAGCGAGAAAUAAACAAAUUACUCAAGCAGAAAGAAAAGAAGAACGAAUGAGAAGAUUUGCCCUGUUCAAAAUGGAAGUUCCUGUGGGAUCAUUUGUUUUCUCAAAUAUUUGUGUUUUGGAAGGAGAAAUGUCUGACCUUGCUGUCAGUUCCCCAGUAACUGCCAAUGCUGUAUCGUUUUUAAACUGGUUGCACUGAAACUUUUCAAGUUUCUUUAGUGUACAGUGUCAAGAUUCCUUGAAGAGUAUUUUAAAAACUGCUGUAACAAUGGUCUGUCCUGUCUCUGAAUUCCGCUGUCAUGAAUGCAAGAACUGCUCAUACUACUUUUUAUUUGUCAUUUUCCUUGUAAAUAUAAUUUCCAUGUCCCCGUGUAAUGCUGGUUUUGGUUGUUGUCUUCCUGUUGUGAAUUAAUGUAAUAAACUUAGGUUAUUAAAGUAA